AUGGCUGAAGAACCAAUUUACUGUCAUAAAAGGAGCAAAUCGAGCUUCUUCCUUAACCCUUGGUUCCCUUGUCUACUAAUGGGUUCUUGCCUCAGUUCUCGUGUUGAUAGUACGUUCUCUGCAACUACAAAAUAUUCCCGUGAUCUAAAUAAAGAAAAGUUUGUCUCCUCAAUUUUGACUUUUGGUCAACGGUUUGUGUGUUGUGCAGAUAAGAGCAGUGGUCUCUACGACCUUCACCUCUCGAGUUAUAACUCAUCAUCAUCGGCGGCUCAUAAGAGAGAAGGAGAGAUACUUAGCAAGGCGAACGUCAAAAGCUUCAGCUUCAACGAACUCAAACUCGCGACCAGAAACUUCAGAUCGGACUCUGUUGUCGGAGAAGGCGGCUUCGGUUGUGUCUAUAAAGGAUGGAUCGAUGAGACAACUCUCUCUCCAGCUAAAUCGGGCACUGGUCUUGUAAUUGCUGUCAAGCGGCUUAACCCUGAUGGGUUUCAAGAUGAUGUGAAGUGUAAGCCGCUCUCUUGGAUUCUACGGAUAAAGGUUGCGCUUGAUGCAGCUAAAGGGCUCGCGUUUCUUCAUAGCGACCCUGUCAAAGUCAUAUACCGAGACAUCAAGGCCUCCAACAUCUUGCUCGACUCGGACUUCAAUGGGAAACUUUCAGACUUUGGGUUAGCGAGAGACGGUCCAAUGGGAGAAACAAGCUAUGUUAGUACAAGGGUCAUGGGUACUUUUGGCUACGCCGCUCCCGAGUAUGUGUCCACAGGUCACUUGAAUGCUAAAAGCGACGUAUACAGUUUCGGGGUCGUGCUUCUAGAAAUACUCUCUGGAAGACGAGCGUUGGACAAUAACCGCCCGGCGAAAGAGCAAAACCUUGUGGACUGGGCUCGACCUUACCUCACGAGCAGGCGAAAGGUGUUACUAAUUGUGGACACUCGUCUUAACUCACAGUACAAACCAGAAGAGGCAGUGAGAAUGGCGAGCAUUGCUGUGCAGUGCAUCUCGUCCGAACCAAAGUCGCGCCCGACCAUGGACCAAGUGGUCCGAGCCUUGAUACAACUGCAGGAAAGCAUGGCUAAACCGGGGAAAGUCGACCCGGUUAAGGAUACCAAGAAAGUUGUGGGGUUUAAAACCGAAGACAAGUACCCCAAAAACGGCUUUAACAAGAAAGAAGUGCGUUACUGA